AUGGCUUCUUCAUCAAAACCCAAAAGGAAUUAUGAAGUUUUCUUGAGUUUUAGAGGCACCGAUAUGCGUAACAACUUUCUCAGCCAUCUCUACAAAGCCUUAAACCAAAAUGGAAUUUCCACUUUUGUUGAUAGCGAGGGAGUGAGGAAAGGUGACCAAACUUCAUCAGUGCUUAUGAAGGCCAUUAGAGAAUCAUGCCUUGCAGUCAUUAUUUUUUCUGAGGACUACGCUUCCUCAAGGUGGUGCUUGGAAGAGGUGGCAAAGAUUAUGGAGUGCAAGGAACAAAUGAACCUCAUUGUUCUACCAGUGUUUUAUAAAGUGGACCCACGAGAAGUGAGACAAGGGAUACAGAGUUAUGGAACAGCUCUGGCCAAGCAUGACUACGACUUUGGGAAGGAUUCGGAAAAAGUGAAAAGAUGGAAGAAAGCUCUUUUGAUGCUGGUUGCUUGUCUGGGUGGCAUUUCACUGAUGGGUAAGUAG